AUUCGCGCCCGGCGGUAGUGGAGGGGGUGCGGUUUCGCUCCGGCUCGGCUCGGCUCGGCUCCGCACCGCUCCGCUCCGCACCGGGCGGCACAGCCAUGGGUCGGGCGCGGGACCCGGGCGCGCAGGUACGAGGGGGUCGGGCCGCGUUCCGGCUCGGCUCAGCCCGGCACGGCUCGGAACGACACGGCACGGGGGUGGGAUGGCCGGGCCUCGGCUUUGCUAUUGUCCGGGGAAGGGACGGGGCGCGGCGGCACCGGGGCGGGCACCGAGCUCGGACCGCUCCGCUCCGAGGGCCGUUGGGGGGCUCCGGGCCGUGCGGUGUCGGCUUCGUCGUGGGGAUAGAGCUCCGGUGGGCAGGAAGCCCCGCGGGUGGGGUUCGGUAAUCGGGAGCGGACCCGGGCUGCGGGGGCUGGCAGCGCCGUGGCCCCCAUCUCCUCCCCCCUCGAACCCGAGCAGCGUUCGGGCUACAGCCGGUGGGGGUUCGACGGUGGGUGGGAUGCGGGACCGGGGGGGUCCAGAGCCGUCACCACCACCGCGGGUGGGGUCCCGGGGCUAUCCCGAGCCCCGUCCCGGCUCCAGGCCGGGUGGGUGAAGGAGUUAACAGGAUGCGGCGCCUCCGGAGCUCUAUUUGCCCAGCUUGGGGCACCGGCUCGCCCCACCCGAGCUGCGGGCUCCGGCCCCGGAGCUGUCCCAGCCCUGGCACGGUUCGGCCCGAGCGCGUUGUCCCGCCCCGCUUCGCGGAGCCCCGCGGCGCGGUGCCCGGGCCGGGCUCUGACUGCCCACCCCGUCGAAGUCCCGAACGCUGCGCUCCUGCGGCCCUUCUCGGAAACGCUGAUCCUUGGAGCGGCUCCAGCCGCACCUCUGGGCUCGCUGGGACGGGGCGAAAGCGGGUGCUGAGUCACAGAGCGGCUUGAAAUCCCCCUUCAGCUCUGCUUCCUGCAGCCGGGGAUGGGUCUGGGUUUCCCGGCCGUCCCGUCCUACUCUCCUGUAGCUCUCAGCACUCCCGGGGGACGCAUUCUGGGUAUCCCGGGGGUUUUCUCGGCUCUGCAACCCGAGCACGGCGCUCAGAAGCCUGCUGCGGUGCGGGACGGUGCUGCCGGAGCCGAGCUGGGGGGUGGAAGCCGCUGGUGGGGAGAGGGAUGCAGCCUGCGCUGCCCUGGCUUGACCCCAGCAGCCCCGGUGUCGCAGUGACCCACUGGUGAUGCCGGGUGCGACCCUGUGCGUGGAGCAGCAGCCGUGAGCAGCAGCCGUGCCCGCAGGCCGUGCUGCGUACCGCCAGCACCAUGCCCAUCCUCAAGCAGCUCGUCUCCAACUCUGCGCACUCCAAGCGGCGCUCGCGGGCCGACCUGACGGCGGAGAUGAUCAGCGCACCGCUGGGGGACUUCCGGCACACCAUGCACGUGGGCCGGGCCGGGGAUGCCUUUGGGGACACCUCGUUCCUCACCAGCAAGGCUGGCGAGCCGGAGGUAGGUGAGGAGCCGGGGGCCUCCAAGCCGGGGCUGCUGUCCCGCCGCUUCCGCAGCAGCAAGCGCUCGCAGUCGGUGACGCGCGGUGACCGGCGGGACAUGCUGGGCUCACUGCGCGACUCGGCGCUCUUCGUGAAGAACGCCGUCUCCUUGCCGCAGCUCAAUGAGAAGGAGGUGGACAGGAGCGCGGGGCAGCUGCCCAAGAGCCUCUCCUCCAGUCCCGUUAAGAAGAUGCCGGAGGAGAUGAGCCCUGAAGAGCAGCAGCGUCUCAACGGGGCGGCCGCCGGGCCGCUGAGCCCCAGCCUGGAUGAGCGCGACUUCGGGGACAUCACGGAGCUGCCCGUUGUGGUGGCCAAGAGCGGGGCGGGCAUGAAGCACGCCGAGUCCAUCAUGUCCUUCCACAUCGACCUGGGGCCCUCUAUGCUCGGCGACGUGCUGAGCAUCAUGGAUAAGGAGCAGUGGGAGCAGGAUGAAGACCUUGAGGCGGAGGAGAGCCGCGAGGAGGGGGCUGUUGCUGUACCCGGUUCUCCAGUGGCCGCGCAGAGCCAGAGCCCAUCCCACAGCGCCGGCGGCCCCAGGGACAGCAGCGCAGCACCCAGCUGUGCCUCAGGGCCGGGGGAGCGCAGCCCCCUCCCAGUGGGGGCACAGAGCCAGCGGGGCCCUCCGAAGCGCCCUGACAAGGAGUUCUCCUUCGCCGAUGAAGAUGACGAUGAGAUCAGGGUAUAGGGCGGGCGGUGAGCCGAGGGGACUGGUUCUCAUUUGUGAUCGCUUGGACACAGGGAUGGGUGACCCAGUGCUGGGGCCGGCAGCACCAGGAACACUUUGCUCCCCUCCCUCCCGGUGUGCCGCUGCCAUCCCAUGGUGAUAGGACAGCGCUGUCCCUGGACAAGGAACAGACUCAAUCUUGGUUCUUUCUGUUGGACUUUGGAUGCUAGUGCUCUUCUGUUUCCUUCUUUUUUUUUUUUUUCCCUGCCCACGUAAAGCAUUAUAGGAUCAAACAAGAUGAGGCUUUGAGGUUUUAGUCCCUCUAGUAAUAUAUAUAUAUUUUUUUCCACCGUAAGGUUUUUACUGCUCUCCGAUUUGUACUUAACUUUCUUUACUCUUGCUUCUGUUUUUUUUUUAACGGAGGGGACGUUUCCCAUGAGGAAGGACUCGAGCUCAGAGCCCUGGGACAGCUGGCAGCUCUGGGUUUCUUAGGGACUUUCUGCAGUCUGAGAACCUCUGCCUUCGUGCUGCAGUGGGGACUCACUCCUCACACGUCAGAUGGAUGAUCCAUCCCAGCAGUGACACACUCCGUAUGGCCCUGGCACCAAUUGUGCUGGGGACACCAAUAGGACCGUGGGUCUGUGCCCUGGGGGAUGAAUGCCUGCGACCCUCCAGUCCAGCAUGCAGGUGGCUGCUGUUAUGGGGCUGUGCUGGUGCAGGCGGGUGGAAGAAAAGGGUUUUAUACCGUGUAUGUAAAAAUGUGAAGAAUAAAGGAAAUGUUAGUGACA